AUGCAUAUAUUGGCUUUGCUUUUGCUAUGUACAUGCACUUCCAUUUAUGUGUGCAGAAAUGUUCAUUUAAUGUAUAAUAGCUUUGUUAAUGUUCAUAAUUUAGGUCUGCAGGGAAAUAAAAAUCUAUAUAUGAAAAUAAAUUUAUGCAGAUACAAGAAUUGUAAAAAGAAAUUACAACAUGUUCAUGUUGGUCAAGAAAUAAUUAUCGGUACUCGUGAUUCCCCAUUGGCAAUAAAACAAUCAGAAAAGGUGAAAAGGAAGCUUUUAGCACAUUUUAAAAAAAUUAAUAAAAAUGUGAAUGUUAUUUUAAAGCCAAUAAAAACAACAGGUGAUAAGAUAUUGGAUAGAAAUGUUGGAUUAUUUGGUGGAAAAGGUAUAUUUACAAAAGAGUUAGAUGAUCAGCUAAUAAAAAAUAAUGUGCAUAUCUGUGUGCAUUCUUUAAAGGAUGUUCCAAUGGAAUUGCCUGAACAAAUACACUUGUCAUGUUUUUUGAUAAGAGACACAAUAAACGAUGUCUUCUUGUCGAUGAAGUAUAGGACCUUGGGAGACAUAAACAAAAUGAAGGUGGAUAAUAGUGAUAAUUAUGGUAACGAUAACACAAUGGAAGAACACUACAAACUCGCGCAGGAAACACAAGAGUUGCAUAAAGCUGAUGCAUAUACAGGGAACUACAAUUUUGAUCAACAAGAUAAACUAUCAAGAACCAUUGGAACAUCUUCCUUGAGAAGGAGAAGUCAAAUUAAAUAUACAUAUAAAAAUAUAACAAUAAAGCAAAUACGGGGCAAUAUAAACACAAGAAUUGCAAAAGUGUACAAUGGAGAUUAUGACUCCAUAAUAAUUGCAAAAUGUGGAUUAGAGAGAUUAGUAACAAAAAAAGCGAUUCGAAAUAUAAUAAGUAGAAAGAACCGUUUACUCAAGAAACCUAUUAUUAUUAAUUAUAAUAACACUAAUAUAGAUUUAAGUCUUUUUAAUAUACAACAAAUAAAUACUAGGACAAUAUUCCCCGCUUUAUGUCAGGGGAUUAUAGCGGUAUCAUCGCACAAAAAUAAUAAAGUCAUUUCUGAUAUUUUGAAAAAUAUAAACGAUGAUAAAUCUGAAAUCAUGGCAAAUAUUGAAAGAUCGUUUUUGUACCAAAUCGAAGGUAAUUGCAUGAUGCCCAUUGGAGGAUAUACAAAAAUUGUGAAAAAGCAAAUAUUUUUCAAUGCUGUAAUUAAUGACAUUCAAGGGCGUGAAAAAUAUCACGUUCGAGAAAUUGGACAUGUACACAAUUACGAUGAUAUUGCAGUAAAAGCUGCCAUAAAAAUAAAGGAAAAAAUAGGCAUUGAAAAGUUCAACAAAAUACGGGAAGAGGCAGCUCUGUAUUAUGCAUAG